CAUUUUAAAAAUGGCGUCCGAUACUCAAGAAAAUGAUACCGGAGACUCUUUCAUGUCUAGUUUAUUUGACAAUUCUUUAUCUGAAGAUGACAAGAUUUCAAAUUUAACAAAGCUAUUAAGAAUACUGAAUUACAGCAAAAAAGCAUCAAAGGAAAAUCAUGUUUUACUUGUGUCUCUGCUUCCAGUUACGGCUCACCACUUAUCAUCUUUAAAUGCAAAAACUUUGACAAACAAAGUAAUAGCAUUGUGUCGAGAAGUAAUUGACUUGCUUCUUUUGAAAAUUGAAGAAUCUAAGGAAAUAAAUAUCACUUUAUGUUCUCUCGUAACUUGUUUGACAAAAUUCUGUUUGGGGGACGAAGUUCUCCAAGCUGAAGAUGUUGCAAAGCAUUUAAAACUCUUAGAGCAACAUAAAAUUCCAAAUAUUAAUGAAUCUGAGGAUUUAACAAUUGAGAGACUACACCAGAAAAAUAAUGUAUUUGAUUUUAUGACAUCAAGUACUUUCUACUCUUCUCAUUCAACCUCUAACUUGCAAUUAUCAGACAAGUGUCUCUCGAUAUUAAAGUCAAAGAAUGGAAUUACAAGAUUAAUUAAUCUUUGUUCAAAAAUAACAUUUAAAAUAAACAAGCCUAAUUUUAUAAAUGAAUUGUCUCUUUUGCAUUCUGUAUAUCGAGAAGAAUUGUUGUGUGGCUUAAGCACUGUUGAUGUCAUAGUAAAAACAGUUGUUUCAUGCUUGGAAAGUUUAGCAGACUAUGACAAAUACAAUAUAUGCGUGUUCCAGUAUACGUUAGAUAUUUUUGAUCAAGUAUGUCAAUGGCUCAAAUCGGGGAACUCAUAUAAUCAUACGGUUCUUCAAAAUUUGUACUUAAUCGCUGCACACUAUAUAAGUGUAUUUAUAGAAAAAGAACUGGGAAAAACAGAGGACUCGACAGGAAGCAAGCAAAAAUGCGAAAGAGAUAUGAUAAUGAUUAUGUCAGGAAAAGAACUUGUCGUAAUUUUAAAUUUUCUUUUUAGUGAACUGAGUGGUUCUAAACUAUCUGAUAUUCUCAAGGAUCAUAAAGACACCCCAAUUAAGGCUCUUUUAGCUCUUAAUUUUUCAAGUUUAGACAGAAUAAAGAAAAUUAAUUCAUCAGUAAAAACUUUACCAUUGCUAAUUCGACUGUUGAAUUACUGCUAUACUAUUGCUUGUUCUGUAAAAGAUACUGUAAUUUCCAAUACAAAUGAAAACAACGAUAAACAAGUAGAUGGUGAAGAAAUGGACCUAGCAAGUCUUAAUUCUUUAGAAGAAGAAAUUGAGAAGGAGUCUAUAUUAGGAAAAUGGAUGCAAACUUUAAUGUAUCCCGAAAUUGAAUUUGAUAUUUUAUCUGUCGAUGGAAGCGACGACUUUGACGGCGAUGAAUUGGUUAAGAAAAAUUUACUGGAGUUAGAAAGCACACCUCCUGCUCCAUUUCUAAGUCUAGGAGCAAAAAUUCUUAACUUGAUCUUUACCAGUAUGCUAUCUGAAGUAGCUUCUCCUGAAUUAAGACGGAUUUUUGUUGACGAUUUCAAUGGAAGUGAAAUGGAAGUCAUAUCAAAUAUAACUAGCACCUUUGAUAGCAACUUCGAUCUGCUUAUUGACUUUGAGCCCGCUGGAUAUUUUAGUUCUAUGUUAGUAAAGUUCAAUCACUUUUUAAUAGCGUCAAAAUUAUUAUCUGAAGAAAAAGAAAAAGCCAUCUUGGAGUAUCUUCAUGUUUAUCCCAGUAAGCAGGCUAUAUGGAAAUUAAACGUCAAUAGGCGAGUCUUGAAUGUUUUAUUUCAAGUUAUACUUUUGAAACAGCAAGAGGAACGUCUAACUAAUACGCCUACUAAAUCUUAUGAAAUAAUUAUAAAUAUUUGGAAUAAAGUAUUAUCUACCCUAGUUGAAAAUACAAUUCACCCACCAUCAAAAAGUGAAAAUCAAGAUGAUUUGAAUGUGGAACAAGCACAGUUUUUGGUGUUCAUGUUUCACUCAUUAGAUCCUAUACAUCGUAAAACAAUUUUGAGUCAACUAUUAGAAUGCUUAAUCAAAAUUUCAAGUUUUACUAUUGUGGGAGCCGAGGCUGUUUUACCGCUUUCAAGAUUAUUGAUCCUGGCAAAUAAUUUACUCCUGUACUUUUAUACUCCUAGUGAUGAUCUUCUUGAACAUGUACAACACAAUCUUUUUGAAAGUUUUAACUGCAAAGAAAGCUAUAUCUUAUUUACAUUUUAUGAGAAUUUAGAUGAUAGGAAGCCAUCGAAGUUUUAUUGGUUGUCUAAAAAAGAUUUUUCCCUAACUACUAACUUGAGUAGGUGGCCCCGAAUGGAUGGAUUAGCUCGGACUUUCAUCACAACAAACAAAAAAGGUAUUGAUUACGAAGUGUUUUAUCGAUCAAUGACAAAAAUUUUUGAUGAUGUUAUAUCAUGUUCAAAUGCUAAUGGAAGUUUGGAACUAUAUUCUAUACGAUAUGCUUUGAGUAUCUUAUGGCAGAUGUUUGAUUAUCUGCCGCCUUCAGAGGAAUUUUUGAAGCACAUAAGUCAUUCUCCAAUAGAUAAAAAGAAACCUUACAGUAAAAUGGUUGUUACUCGUUUACAAAAUGCAAAUUAUCGUGAAGCAUUAUCUGAAAUUGUAACAAAGCAGGGUACUAGUGGCAGAGGUGAAAAAGUUGUAGAAACUGCUUUCAAUAAUUGUUGCCGAAUUGAAAGGAACGUUGAAGAAAUUUUAAAUGUUUUAAAAAAUGCUGAAGAAAUUUCCUUAAGUAGCAUGGCAGAUUUAAAUACAUCUCUUGCUAAAGGCUAUGCGCUAUUGGACACAUGGAUACAAGAUAGAACAAGUAGCCGAGAUUCAGAAUCAAAGACUCCUAAUGAAAUAGCAUCAGAAUUAAUAUUACCUUUUUGCAAAGCCAUUGAAUUUUACUCUGGAGCAGUACGAGAAAGACUAGUGAAUAAAUUAAUCAGUAAAAAUAAGUACUCCGAGGAAGUCGAACCUCUACUAAAAAUAAUAAUUUCAAUGACAUCAACACAAGCACCUAUAUGCCUUUGUACGAAAUAUCUUCCAGCAAACACCCAAAAUAUUAUUGCUAAAUGGGCAGAAGUUCAUAGUUUCCCAAAUUGCACAUCAUGGAAUGAAAAGAAAGAUGAUGGAGAUCAAACUACUUCUUAUUUAAACAAUGUCUUCCUAACCACAGUCCAGGAAAUGACAACUUUCCCUGCAUCAGUUAACAAUUGUGUAAAGUAUGUGCUGAGUACUCUGCUACAGUUUUUCAAUCGACUAGUAGAGUGGUGCGAAAAAGUUCCGGCACAAGUGAGCAUGUAUAUCUUUCCUCUGCUCUUUGAUGCAUCUGCACAAUAUGUUUCCGAGUAUGUGGAAAGUAUUGUUCAUAAGGCAGUUGGUAAUAAUGAUAGCGAACAAUUUAAGAAGAUGUCGUUACAAACUGCAGUCAAUAAUUCAUAUCGUCUAGCAUUGACGCCGUCAUUAUCUGAAGAAAGAGUUUUGGCUCAAAGCGGAAAACACUCUAUCUUUGAGAACGUAGUCAAAGAUGAGAUUUACGUUGAAUGUAUGAAACUUUUAGAGCUGUGUAUUGAAAAACCUGACUCUGGUAUUCCUGCUAUUUCCGAGAUACUUAGAUAUUAUGAAGAAAAACAGUCAAUAGUGGAAAUUCUUUUGACUUCAGCUUCAGAAUGGCGACCAGUAGCUUAUAGAAAGAAAGUGCUGUCGUUUUUUUCAUCUCUAUUUGGUUUACUUUCAAGUACUGAAGAAGCCUAUUACCUUCAAUCAGUUAUUCUUUGUGAUAAACUGUCCAACAUAAAAGACAUUGAUGACAAAUUGAUUCAUUAUUGGUUAUGGAAUAUGGUUAAAAUUCCGUCACACAGUGACUCAUCAGAAGAAAUAUGUGUAACUGAAAUUCGUGGACUUCUCCAUAAGCUGGUAGCCACAAUGGCUUCUUUAGAUAAGUCAGCUAUUGAUUCAAUGAUUGCGGAAACUCUCUUAACUCAUCUUCUAAUUAUAAGUGAGCAGUUACUUUAUGAAAAUAAGACUGUCGCCUUUGGGGAACUAUUCGUAGUCAUGCUGUCUUUAGCCACUGCGUGCAAAAAACACGAACUAUUAUGCCAGAAAUCUUUACAAUUUCUUGAAAUUUGUGAAAAGUACUUAAAUGAGCGAAAGGUACUGGAGAAGUUAUUGUGCUCUGAAGAAAAUGGAAAAUUAACUACGAUGCUUGAAUGUAUCUCUUACGUCCUUACUUACAUUAAGCAGAUAUUUAGCUGCGAUAGAGUUCAAGAUCAGGAAGAAAGUGAUAGCGAGAGCUGUUUGGAUGAGGAGUUUGGUCAUGAAUUAGCUCCUAGCGAAGGAUCCGAUGGAGAAGAUGAUGAAUUAUGUACUUAUACAGUUACUCAAAAAGAAUUUAUGAAUCAACACUGGUAUCAUUGUUACACAUGCAACAUGGUAGAUAACAUAGGUGUUUGCACUGUAUGUGCAAAGGUUUGUCAUAAAGGUCAUGAACUAGCUUACGCCAAAUGCGGAUCAUUUUUUUGCGACUGUGGAGCGAAGGAAGAUAAUUCUUGUCAGGCCUUAACUAAAAGGACAAGCACUUACACAACUGAUACUAUGCUUCUAACGUCAACUGGUUCACAUCCAGCCGAAUCUAAAUGGGAAGCUAAAGAUAAAAGCUUCGCUUCCAAAGUUAAUAAUUGCUUGGAAGGGGUAGAUAAAACUAAUUUAAUAAGUAUCAUUGGAAAAUCAUCUGUGGUAGAAAACACCGUUCGCUUACUUUCUUCUGUUAUACCUUUACUUAGUCAUUCCUUUGAGGUAUCUCCUUCUGUGGCAAAUAUUGCCAGAAAGCAUUUAUCGGAUUUACACACAAUCGUAAGAAAAGUUGAAAUAACUGAUAGUUUGAUAAAUAGUACCGUUGUAUCACAAGAUGGGUGUCUAGAGAAUGUAAAAAGCCAAUACAACGGAGAUCAAGCGCAACAAAUUCGACAGCUGAUAAGUAACUCUACAAUAAGACGCGUUGCUACAUGUGGUAUUCCUAUUAAGAAAAAGCAUUAUCUCGCCAUUAGUCAUGAUAAGUGUAAAUUGACUAUGUUUCAACUCUCAUCAGCAUUGAAACAACUAGAGGCAAACAAAUCUAAAGUUACGCUAACCAGAACUUCAUCAACAACAUUACCGUUUGCAAUCCUGUCUUUUACAACUAAUCCUUGCAAUGAAGAAGUUAUUGCAGUUUGCGGAUUAAAAGACUGUCAUGUUUUGUCUUUGACCAACAUUGCCAAAGUUCGCGAACAUUUAGCUCUACAUCCAAGUCUAGAUGCUGGAAAUUAUGUUGUCAAGGUUAUAUGGCUACCCGCUUCAAAAUCUUCUCUUGCUCUCAUUACGGGCGACUUCAUUAAAAUAUUCAAUCUUUCAAAUGACAUUAUUAGUCCCAACUAUUAUUUUGUCGUACCCGCUGGAAAAAUUAAAGAUGCUACUUUUAUUGUAACUGAACAUGGAGCUCAGUAUAUUGCUAUAAUGGCUUCUACUGGCUAUGUGUACACUCAAAUACUGGAUGAAACAGCUCAAAAUGGAGCUUUUUUUGUCACGAAUGUGAUAGAUAUUAAGCAUGUCGAUAUUAAGACAGAAGCUAAUGGAACAAUCUCUGGUGGAGGAGGAUCAGUAUAUUAUUCACACUUGUUGCAGUUGUUAUUUUUCAGUUUUCUAUCUGGAAAGACCUUUUAUAGCCCAUUGAGGCAAGACUUGGGUAAGGCGACCAAUAUAUGCUCUCUAACACUACAGAAAAAUGUGAGCAGUAGUGCUAAACAGAAGCAGGCCCUAGUCAAUUGGUCUGAGACUAUUGAUCAUCCAGGACUUCUCACUGCGUAUAGUCAACAUUUGAAUAUACCGAUCGUUAUUAUGGUGUCACCAAAUGGCAUUUUUGCUCAAGAAGUUAAGACCAGUAAAUCAAAAAUUUUGGAUGUAAGUUUAAUAAGUCAUCCAAUAAUGAAUGUAAAUGAUAAACGCAGAACAACAUUGAUGAUUCUUUGUGAAGAUGGAAAUUUGAAAAUGCAGAGUAUAAACAUGGAAACUACUAACUUUUGGCUCAAUCCUCAAGUGCGAAAUCCAAUGUCAGCAUAUCGACCUGUUCACCGUAAAAAAAUUGCAUCGAAUCGAAAUUCUGGAAUUAAAAAUGCUGGACAAAGCUUUCCAAUUGACUUCUUUGAAAACUGCCAGGCAACUAAUGAUUUUGAAGUUGGUGGACAAGAUUUGCUACAAGUUUACAAUGCAUCUCAAGCCAAAAAUCGCCUUAUUUCACCAGGAACUUACGUAGUUUGUGCAAACCCUAAUGGUUUUAAGAUAGAAAUUACAAACACGUCUACGUCUCAUGUACCUGUGGGUAUUCGAAUUCAAGUUGGUUCUCAGUCUGUCAACAGAAUACCAUCCAGUAUUGAUGUCUUCGGGCGAUCCGUUCCAGUUAAUACAACUCGUAGUAACAGAUGGUAUGAUAUACCUUUCUCAAAAGAGGAGAGCACAACUGCCGUUCGCUCAUUUUCUAUAUUUUUUGCACCAUCAAGUGAUCCUGAUGGAGUUAUCAUAAUUGACUCCAUAAAGGUGCAUGUAUGUAGCAAGGAGUCUUUUGGUUGGUCAGGAAAUGAAACAGAAAAUGUUGGGCAAUCAAGUAUGGAUGAACAAGGUGUUAAUAUGUCCCAGGCUACUGAUCAAAGUAUAGCCAGUUCAAGAACUGAGAGACUAAUUGCCGGAGCCUUACAAUUCCUAGAUUCGUCAUUGAAAUUAUGGAAGAAUGAUAAGCGUCAAAUUUUACUUGACUUGUGCACAAAUAUCAUUACCCUUCCGACAUCAAAGAUUCUUGAACAGAGUGCGUCAGGUCUAUUGGCCUCUUUACACAAUAGCAGAACAGCUUAUCAUAUCCAUAAGGACGACUGCCAAUUACAAUAUGUCAUGAAUAUGUUUGGAAGCUCAACUUCUAUGGACUCGGAUACGUUCCAAAGACUUCUAGUUAUCAUUCGAUCAAUUGCAGUUGCUCGACCAUAUAAUUUAACAAAAUUUUGUGAAAAACAAUUAACUAAAUCCUUAUCUGCUGGCCCAAGCAGAAGCGAUGUAACUUUAGUGGAGAACACGUCAAAAGAUGAAGAAAAUAAAGAAACUCUGCAAUCUCUUCUGGAUAAUAUAAGUGAUACUGAUGAACAUAUUUUGAUGAAGAUUUCUGGAAUAUUUUGGAAACUUCACGGAUCAAGACCUCUAGCUCGAAAUGUGGCACCAGUUGGUUUACCCGGCCUUCAAAAUACCGACCUGACAGUUAUGGCUAUGAUUGAUAUUAUCGAUGCCUUCUGCAAAUCAGGCGAAAGUGAAAUUAUACAGCUUUCCAGCCGGUUAUACGCAAAAUUUUUAUUGUCUCCAUUCCCAAAUGUUGCAUUUCCUGCUCGAAUGGCUUUGAAUCGUUUGUUUAAGCCAUCUUUGAAGAGAGUUCGAAAAGAUACUUCACCAGCUCGUUGUAGCACACCAGCAAAAUUACCAACGGAUGACAUGAUGAGUCAAUUGGAAAGUGCGGACGAUGAAACAACUAUGGUAGAACUGGCCAUAGCACUUAGUCUACAAUCGGAACAGUAUAGCGAUAACUCUACCCCAAAUAGUGACGAUGAAGUCGGUUCUAAUGCGGCAACUGAUGGUUCUACCCUCCGAACAUCACCUGUUGAGGUGGCUAGUGUAGCUGGUUCAGAAAGUGGCGGUUCAAUAAUUGAUUCUAUUUCUGGAGGUGCUAGAAGCGAAACCAGCAGCAUUGUCAGUGCUGUCCCACCUUCAGCUGGGGAGGAUGAAAACAAUCCUAGUAUGAAAUCUCUGUUGCUAGAUAAAUUGACAGACUAUAUUCCCUUCUUGGAAAAUGGAUUACAAUCAAUUCCCUUCCUUCAAGUUAUCUUUACUCUUGCAGCAUCGAUGGAUGGUAACGAAGGAAAUGAUAGAGCUGUGCUAGACAGAUUAAUAUCUGUUGUAGUCGAUUCAAUUCGAAAAACGCCUUGCGAAACACUUGUGGAAAGAUCACAACAUAACGAAGUUGUUCUCCUAUUUUUCAGAUUUAUAUCUGUUUGUAUAUCAUAUAAAGGAGUUUUAAAAUCAAGUAAAGUCAGUAAAAAUAAACCUGCUGACUGGCUUCAAGCUAUAAACUCUCUUACAUCAUCGGUUAUCACACAGUCAAAUCUUUUUGAAGUAUUUGAAAAAAUUUUAAAGCUAAUGCUAGAGAGACAUUGGAACAAUGCUGGAGAUGCUUGGCACAGUUCUGGGGAAAUUCUUAAGGUUAGCACCAUGCAGCUACCAGAUAUGACACCAUUCUUCACGAAGCCAUACGUUAAAAGUCAUUCCACUGAUGUUUUUUCAUCGUAUCCAAAACUUCUAACUGAGUUUGUUAUUCGAAUUGUCUACCAGAUGAAAAAACAAGUUGAUGUUCAUGAGGGGAAUCCGGAAUCAAUGUCAUCUUGGAAUGCUCUUUUGUGUGAUUUCCUGAUGUUAUCUCAAUUAGACAGCUCGGUAAGAAAACAAAUAAGGAAAUUGCUUUUAGCAUUUGCUCAAUCUAAAGAAAAAUAUCGUAAAAUUCGCGACGAACACUGCCUAAAUGCUUAUAUGAGUGGAGUUGAAAACUUAUUUAAGGAUAUGGGAGUGAAACAAUUAGAUGAUGGUGAGGAAAUGCCGUUGUCUUACAAUAUGCUCCUAAAAGUAAUUGAAAAGCUAAAACUUUGUCUGGAUAUUGCUAAUCAAAGGAGCUCAAAUUGGCAGCAAUAUUGUAUGAAGAAUACCAAUACAUUGCCUUUCCUAGUAUGGUGCUCAGUAAGUCUCCAUUCAGCUGUUGCACCAACUUGUUUAUCCCUGUUACAAUGCGCUCUGACUUCUCAAGAGGGUGAAGAACAAAUAGCUGAACAUCUAAUUCCCUUUUUGGCUCCUUUAAUAUCGAGUAAUCUGAUACGAAAACUUAUGCUGGAUUCAAACGUGACUGGUGUUCGUUGGCAAGUUCAUGCUCUUGUUUUACUUCUCUGGAAACAUUUAAAUGGAGAAGACCAAAGAAUAUUGUUAGAUAGAAUGUGGAGUCUUUGGAAUGAUUUAAAAGAAUAUGGGGAAAAGGCAGCACAAUUUGUGGAUCUGCUGGGUUAUUUUUCUCUUCGAACACCAAAUUUAAAAACGUCGACGAUAGCAAAAUAUGUUCAGUCAGCUGUAGAUGUGAUGAAGGAACAAAAUGAUGCUAUGAAUAGCCACCCUAAUGCUACCUUUUAUUCGCAUUUAUCCAAUUUAAUCCAACCCUUGGUUGAUAAUGACAUUGGAUAUUAUUUAGAAAAUGAGCCAUGCUUGGUAUGCAACACGCCUGAGAUAGCCUUUUCAAAUGCUAAGUUGUCAACUUUAAAAGUAGACACAAAGUUUACGGCAAACACACAAUUGGUUAAGCUGGUCAGUACGCAUAUGAUCCAUAAAAUUAGUUUCAAACUAACAGAUGUAAAGCGUAUGAAGAUGAUACGCACUCUGAAUAUCUAUUAUAACAAUAGGCCAGUGAAUGCUAUAGUUGAACUGAAGAACAAACGGGAAUUAUGGCAAAAAGUAUCCAAAGUAAGUUUAAGUGCUGGACAAGCAGAAGCAAAAGUCGAUCUACCUUUACCAAUCACAGCUUGUAAUUUAAUGUUUGAAUAUGCUGACUUUCAUGAAAAAAGCAUAAGUACGGGAGAUACCUUACAAUGUCCCCGUUGUUCAGCGACCGUAGCCUCAUCUCCCGGUGUUUGUGGAAAUUGUGGAGAAAACGUAUUUCAGUGCCAUAAAUGUCGAGCCAUAAACUACGAUGAGAAAGAUCCAUUCUUAUGCGUUGCUUGUGGAUUUUGCAAAUACGCUAAAGUUGAUAUUUCACUAUACGCGAGGACAACUUGCGAUGUUGGAAGUAUCGAAAGUGAAGACGAUAAGGCCAAGGCUCUGAAUAGUAUUAGCAAUCUAUUAGAAAAAGCUGAUAAAUUAUAUAAAGAUUUAAUGGGAAAUAAGCCAACAUUAGAAACUUUACUUUUAAAAGUUGUCGACUGUGACAUAGCUACAGGCGAAGGCGGUGAAAAUGCUGCAGUUAGUACCCUUAUUCAUCAAGUGGCUAAUAAGUAUAACGUUGAUUGUCGAAAUACUUUUGAGGAUCUAAGUAAAUGCAUAGAAAAAAUUGUUGCUUCAAGAAAAGAGCUUGUUGAGUACACUAAGGGUGGUCAAUUAGUUGAAGAUUCCAAGAAAUCUAAAAAUUGCUAUGGCUGUUCCAAUGCCACACUCUCGCAUUGUAUCACCCUUUUAACAGCUUUAUGUUCAAAAGAAAAUAUUCGUGCUCAACUGGCCCAACCGCAAUUCUUUAAACUUUUAUUGAAUGUUAACUUACCAAAAGGAACGAUAAACAAUAGAGGCAAAGUAAGGAAAUUAAUAUGUGCCUUGAUACGUAAUGAUGAAAAAGCUACAAAUAUCGUUAACACUCUGAUUUUAAAAAGAAUAACAAAUUCUAUAGCCCAAUAUAAGAAAGUUCCUUUCCUCUUUGGUAAUGGAGUACGACACUGCAUACUUGUACUGGCCGCCUCUCUUUCAGAUGUGUCGGAUAAAGCUUGGCCUUUAAGAGUUCGAACCUUGCUUCAGAUCUUACUCCUUUCAAAUCGAAUACAAACAGCCUGUGUAGUUCAUUAUGUUACCUUGCCAUGUGUGCGAAUUUUGAAAUCUCUACUAGGAGAAAAGCGAAAAUCGAAGACAGCAGCGUUACCGAUCGUUAAUGCAAAUCUCUUUUUGGAAAGUGCCUCAGUGGACUGGGUGAAAAAUCCAUCAGAUAAAUAUUUCGUGGUUCAAAAAUAUGUCAAUAUAUGGAGAUCAAAGAUUUCUAAACGUGACUCUUGGGUGAAAAAAGCCAUUUUGUGUAAAAGUAACAGAUCUUUACGAGUUGUUACCUGUCAAUUAAUAGGACAAAUUAGUCUAAAUGAGUCACAGAGAACCAAGAGUUUGCUGCCAAUGCUUAUAUCAUAUUUAGAAUCUAUUGAGGGAAGUAAUGGGUGCGAAUUAAUAAUUUUAUGUAAAAAACUAAUAGAAGAAGAACGCUGGCGUCAUUACGCAGUUGUCAACUGUGAUUUAAUUCCGAAAUUGUGUGAAUUGAUAAAUAUACAAGUAAAUAGGUUAAUGGAAUUAGAGCAGUCGACAUUCGAUUGCGAUGUCGCUGGAGGAUCGUGCUUGUAUUCCUUAACUUGUUUAUUGACUAGCUUAGUAAAUGACGAAUGGAUAAAGCAAAGUAAAAAAUCUGUGCUUCUAGCUGUAGUCUUAAAUGCAUUCUUGUCAUUGAAGAAGAUGAUAGUACAAAGAACAAAAUUGCUUGACGACACUCAAAGUAAAUUUCUGGAGGCUUUGGAACAAUUAACAUCUGGGACAGAAAAAGAGAAGAAAGAUUUUAUGAGCGUUUGCAUUAACACUGUGACAAGAUUUCCAAAGGAAGACUUAACUACACCAGUCUUCAUUUUUGAACGAGUUGCUAAUAUGAUUAAGCCGGAAGAGGAAGACGACAGUGAAAUUUUAUUAAAUUUAGAAAAAGAUGCACAACAGGAAGACUUUUUGCAAGGCAGAAUGCUUGGUAAUCCAUAUUCUACUAAAACUCCUAAUAUUGGUCCAUUAAUGAGAGAUGUGAAAAAUAAGAUUUGCACCGACUGCGAACUGGUAGCAUUGUUGGAAGAUGAUACUGGAAUGGAACUGUUGGUCUGUAACAAGAUUAUUGCUUUGGAUCUGUCAGUAAAAGAUGUCUGGAGGAAGGUAUGGGUUCCGCAGCAAGGAGACUCCGUAGCUAUGAGAGUCGUCUACCGUAUGAGAGGUCUGCUUGGUGAUGCUACUGAAGAUAUGAUAAAUUCUCUUACUUCUUCGAAUGGUGAGGAAAAAGAUGAUGAAGAAGUAUUUGCUUUGGCGAGCGUUUUGGCAGAAAAUUGUAAUGGAUUAGAUGUAAUGCUGGACCGCCUAGCCGCCAUCGAAAAUUUGACUACUGGUAGAAAUUUAAUGACUGUUUUGUUCAAAUUAUUUACCUAUUGUGUGAAAAUCAGAAUUUGCCGCUUAGCUUUAUUAGACAAAUCGACUAUACCAUUUAUGCUCACAGCAUUGAACGUUUGUCUUAAAGGUGAAUGCGAAAGUUUAGCUAUAUCUGUUCUUUCCAUUAUGGAGGCUGUGUUACAAGAAGCAAGUGCUCAGAGUCCUCAAAAAUAUGCUGAUUUUACAAAAAGACAAGGGGCUGAUACAAGCCAACUUUUACUACUUCUAGAACAUAUGCAUUCUCCACUUGUAAGAGCCUCAUCCAAUUUACUGCAGGCGCUUAUGAAAGUUGUACCAUUCUUGGCUUUCGGACACAGUGAAAAGAUGAUUGCGCUCGCCGAAUAUUUUGAACCAUUUUUGAUUUAUGAUCAAUUUGAUAAGGAGCAUUCUACUACAGAUGUUAUGCACGUUGAUUGCUUCGCUCAAGUUGUAAAUGGAAUAGAAGCGAAUGCUAAUGGGGAAAUGUUGAAAGAUCUUUUAUUAGAAAAAGGAUUUGUUGACUGUUGUAUUAAAUAUUUGAAAGAUCAUUCGCCACCAAUAGUAACCUACCUGGCUACAGAUCAAGAUGAUUGGAAAGAUAUGAUAAAAAAGCCAGCCCUCCCUUAUGUUUUACGAAUUUUAAAUGGUUUAGUAAAAGGGCACCUCCCUAGUGCAAGUCGUGUUUCCGAAUUAGUAAACGUUCUCCACAAAUUAGAACAAGUUUCUUCAGAUGGUAAUAUAGGAACUUUAGCAGAAAAUCUGCUAGAUAGCAUCAGAGUUCAUACUAGUUUGAAGAAAGUUGUUGAAGAUUUCCGUUUAAAAACUAAGGCUGAAAAGAAAAGAAAAGCCCUUGCCAUGCGUAAUAAACAUCUUGAUAGUUUAGGAAUGAAAACAAACGAAAAAGGUCAAGUAAAAGCUGACGUAAAGAGCAAAUGGCUAGAGGCUGAGAUUCAAGAGGAAACGGGAAUGGUUUGUUGUAUUUGUCGCGAGGGCUAUAAGAAUCAACCAAAUAAAGUAUUAGCCAUUUACACUUUUACAAGACGUACCCAAUUGGAUGAAUUUGAAGCAAAGAGUCGAAAAUCUGCUGGCUAUUCUACACUAACGCAUAUGAACGUUGUACACGUUGACUGUCACGUAGCGGCUGUUCGCCACUCGAGAAGUAGGGAUGAAUGGGAAUCAGCAUUGUUACACAAUUCUAACAGCAAAUGUAAUGGCUUAUUACCACUAUGGGGACCAGAUGUUCAAGAAAGCUCAUUCGCUUCAAAUCUAGCAAAGCAUAAUACCUACAUUCAAGACUGCACUGGUAUAAGAGACGCGACGGUUACUCACACCCUACACGAUUUAAAAUAUCUGCUGUUUAGUUUGGCGCUUAGUCGAACACUUACGGGAGAGAGUGGAGGAGGUGGUAGGCAAAGUAAUCUGCAAUUGGUACCCCAUAUAAUGCAUAUGGCAUUAUACGUGCUUAAUACUACAAGAAUUGUCACCAAAGAGCUAGAAGGUUUGAUUGGUCAUAUUCAAACCCCAGGUAGCGCGAGAUGGCUACAGUAUGCCUAUGAGGUAGAUAAUGCUCUAUUCUGGACUAUAUUAGCUUUGCAUCUAUUUGAUGAUGGUACCUGGAAAAAAUAUCGAUUAUCCCUUUUGAAGCAUCUGAUAGUCAUGAGUCAUGCCCGAAAUGUGCUUGGAGAACCUGAAAAUGGUAAAGUUCCCAAUCUAGUUCUACCAGAUUUGUCACCUUGUCCGUUUGAAGUCUACAAACCUUACGUGAUUUUUUGGUGUAUAGUUGAUGCCCAUUAUAAAGUUCUCUUUGAUAGAGUAAAAAGUGAUCUGGCUCAUUGGCCAGCUGAUCUCGCUCUGUUUAUUCGCCGAAAUGAUUUGACAGAACAAAGUGAUAAAUUACUAGUAAUUUACGAAAAAGAAAUGCUGAGUGCUCAAUCAUUCGAUCAAUUGUUCGAAUUAAGCGGUUUGAAGGAUGAAAUAAAAAACCCAUAUGCUUUUAUAACAGAGGCUUUGGCUCCUCUCCCAACAAAAUAA